AUGUCAGAGCCUCUGGCCACAUUCUCCGAUGGAACGGCUGUGCCGAUGGAUGGGAAAUUCCAUGUCGAUCCAUCUUGUCCGCUAUCAAUCGUGAAAUAUCUCGAGCCAUGGCAUCCUCCUGGGGUAUCAGAAGUGCUGUCCGGUGGCAACACAGCUCGACUGGGUUUACUCCCGGAUGGAACGAUUCUCAAAUAUGUCUACGAUAGAGACGAUCAAUGGGCGAUGAAUGGCCUAAACAUCGAGCAUCAGAUCCUCACAGCGUUAGGCAGCCAUCAUAGGCUCGUCAAGUACUAUGGUCAACACGAGAAUGGCCUCAGGUUUCAAUUCGAGGUCAAUGGUGAUAUUCGCCGCUACUUUUCAAAGAUGGACUUCAAAACCAUUCCCAUCCAGCAACGAGAGAAAUGGGUACAUCAAGCAGCAGAGAGCAUUGCAUACAUCCACUCAAAACACGUUAUUCACUGCGAUAUUCACCCUAACAACUUUCUUCUUGACGACGAGCUCAACCUUCGACUCUGCGACUUUGCUGGUUCCCUUUUUGGCGAGCUAGAUGGAAAGGCAAUGGAGAGCACGCCCUUCUUCCUCCCAAGAGAUCCCCUCUCUAGACCGAAUACGAAGUCUGACCUGUUUGCGUUGGGAUCCGUUAUGUACUAUAUCAUGGCUGGCUGUGAGCCGUAUGAUGGCUUGUCAGAGGACGAGAUAACUGCCCGCUUCACUCGGGGAAAGUUUCCAGAUGUGGGUGAGUUUGAAUGUGGCAGGACUAUUAGUGGUUGUUGGACUGGGAAAUUCAGUAGUGCUCAAGAAGUGGUAGUGAGUCUUCCGGGAGGAGCUGUUAGAGAUGUCAAGGACGCUCACUCCAUAAAGAGUGACUCUUAUCCAGUAUCUUAG